CGCCCCGUCGUCGUCGUCACCGGCGCAUCGAGAGGCCUCGGUCUCGCCGUCACCUCUGCCCUCCUCAAGCAACUCAACGCCACCGUCGUCGCCGUCUCCCGCACGCGCACGCCCGAGCUCACGCAGCUCUCCGAUGCCCACGCCGACUCUCUCAAGCUCGUCGAAUGCAGCGUCGCCGACGAGCCCGCGUUCGCCAAGGCCAUAUCAGAUGUUCAAAAGACGCACGGCAGCAUCGACGGACUCGUGCUGAAUGCGGGCACGCUGCACCCGCUCGGCCGCGUCGACGCGCCGUCGAGCACGCUGGACGCGUGGAAAUCCCACUUUGACGUGAACUUUUUCUCGCUCGUGACCGCACUCAAGGCGGCGCUCCCGGCCCUGCGCGCGAGCCGCUUUGGGGGCAAGGUCGUCUUUGUGAGCUCUGGCGCUGCGGCGGGCGGGGUGCCCGGCUGGGGGCCUUACAACGCGAGCAAGGCCGCGAUGAACAGUCUUACUCGGGGCACCGACAGGACGCUCGCUCAGGAAGAGCCCGACAUCGUGUCUGUGGCCGUGCGCCCGGGGAAAGUGGACACCGAGAUGCAAGCGACGCUGCGCGAGCAGGGGGGCGCACACAUGCGGGCGGCGGACCACGAGAGCUUCGUGCGCGAGCACGCGGAGGGCAGGCUGGUGAGGCCGGAGGACGCGGGCCACGUGAUCGCUGCGUUGGCGUUGGGCGCGCACCCGGGACUGUCGGGGGCGUUCGUGAGCUGGGAUUCGGCCGAGUGCAGCGAGUAC